CAUGAAAUGCUCGAUUAUUGGACACCAAGACAAACGCAUACUUGAAAAAAAAAGACAAGAACAUCAAUACGAGUUCAUGUUUAAUUCAAAGCAAUAGAGCAGGGAAUAUUUGGUGGUGUUGUGUCGCCGGCUGUUUCUGAGCUUUUCGGCAAGAUCGCGCUGAACAAUCCGACACCAGAACGACGAUUGGGGAAGGGGUCGCUGACAGAAUCGCGGUGAAAAGAUCUCCUUAAUGGCGAUGGAAUGGGGAUCUGAAGGGGAAGCUAUGGUUUCUCUCAUAAAGGGGGACCACAUAUUACACAAGGAAAAGAUUGGAUUCGAGAGGAGAAAGGCCAAAAAAGGGGGAAAAGAUCCCACGAACCCGGUUGAUGUUAGAUCAGUUCAUCAUUCAGUUCGUGUCUCCGACACAUUUCUGGCACACUAUCGAUUCACGCCAGUUCUAAUGGCAGCGCCAGUGCUUCAUGGGUUUGAUUUCCUGUUCAGGGACAUCGAAGAUGCCUGGAUUCCUCUCCUUCCUUCUCCGGCUUCAGUGCAGCCCUACAAGUAUCCAAUUAGAAGAUCGUCUCCCUUUCUUCCCCGGAGAUCAUUAUGAAUUCUCGACCGGGAGAGUUGCGCGUUUGGAGUCAAUUGCCAACAUAGAAAUAGUCAAUGGAGAUAACAAGGUUAACACGCACCAGGCUGGCCGAUGCUGUGCCAAGCCAUCGAUUGCUUAGUCACUUACCGUUUCCAAAGCUCCCAAAUGUCCUUUGCCGUCGUUGUUAAGAAGAAAACAAGCCAAGGACAAAAGACAUCAAUCUGUUCCAGCUUUUGUAUUGGUGGUUUCCUUAAGAACCUAUGAUUCCUUUUUUCUUGAAAGUCAAUUCUCAUUUUGCUAUUCUAGUUCAGUAUACGUUUCAAGAAUGUUAAGGAUUUGCUGGAAUUCUAUGUAGGUUCCUCUGAGUGGUUUGCUUUUCUUUCCUUUAUUUGUGGAAAUCUCUUAAGUGGGUUUUCUCUUUUUUUCCUCUUCAGAAAUGCUGGUGGUUCACAUUUGGAAGUUUUAUGCCAUUAGCCUUUGAAAUGGUCGCAACAAAUUAUAAAUUGUGCAUUCUUCAGUGUUCAUUAAUUACAAGAAUGCUAAGCUCGCUUGAAUUCUAGUUCUGCAGAGACUCAGGCGAUGAUCUUCAAGUCACUUCCAUUGAUUUUCUUUGUGCUAUGCUUCCAUUCCUUUACCACUGCUGACUUGAAUUCUGAUGAGGAAGCACUCCUGACCUUUGCUGCUUCAGUAUCUCAUAUCAAAAAGCUAAAUUGGAGUCAUCAGAAAUCAAUAUGCUCAUCUUGGAUUGGAGUCCGAUGCACCACUGAUAACACCCGUGUAAGGACCCUCAAGCUUCCAGGAUUUGGGCUUAAUGGCUCUAUCCGUGCUGAUACACUUGGGAAGCUUGAUGCCCUUAAAGUCUUAAGUCUCAGAUUUAAUUACCUCAUUGAUCUCCCUCCAGAUGUCUCAACCAUUCCUUCUCUCCGUUCUUUGUUCCUUCAACAUAAUAAUUUGCCUAGAAUCAUGCCUUCUCUUUCUUCGCGCCUUAACAUUCUUGAUCUCUCUUAUAAUUCAUUGAAAGGAGCAAUUCCACAGGUAUUUGAAAAUCUUACCCAAAUUAGAUCAUUGUUUCUCCAGAACAACUCUCUCUCUGGACCUAUCCCCGAUCUUCAACUUCCCAAUCUUAAACAUCUGAAUCUGAGUUACAACAACCUCAGUGGUGCAAUACCAUUAUCACUUCAAGGGUUCCCGAAGGAGUCAUUCUUGGGCAACCCUUUCCUCUGCGGUACUCCUCUACCCCAGUGCCCAGAAACUCCAGGACACAAAAGGAGUAUCUGGAAAACAGAGGGGGUCACUAUUGCAAUUGCUUCUGGUGUUUCAAUAAUUCUGAUUCUACUAGUAAUUUUAAUCUUGGUAUGUUUUUUCAAGAGGAAGCAUAGGCAACAAAGUAGCAGGGAGCCAGGACAAAGUGGAACGAUUGAGAAACCUGAAGGGAACAGUAGUGCUGAAGAACCAGAGAGGAGAGGGUUGGUUUUCUUUGAUAAAUCUUCCCAUAAUUUUGACUUGGAAGAUCUGUUAAGAGCUUCUGCUGAAAGUAUUGGCAAAGGAAGUCAUGGUACUACAUACAAAGCUUUUCUAGAGGAUGGUACCACUGUUGUAGUGAAGAGAUUGAAGGACGUAGUCAUUAGAAAACGAGAGUUUGAACAACAUAUGGAAAUGAUUGGAAGGAUCAGACUGCACCCCAAUAUAGUACCUCUUCUAGCUUAUUAUUACUCCAAUGAUGAUAAACUUCUAAUAUAUGAUUAUGUUCCUUCUGGCAGUUUCUCCUCCCUCUUGCAUGGGAGCAAGGUUGCUGGAUGUACUCAUACGAGCUGGGAAUCCAGAGUCAAGGUGGCUCUCGGAGCAGCUCGAGGCAUAGCUCAUAUCCACAUCGAAAGUGGUGGAAACCUUGUCCAUGGAAACAUUAAGUCCAGUAAUAUCCUCCUAACCCCGGAACUUGAUGCUUGUGUCUGUGAUUAUGGCCUUGCGCCACUGUUUGGCUCUGCAACUGCAUUGACUCCAUCCAGGAUUGUGGUCGGUUAUUCUUCGCCUGAAGUGAUCGAGACAAGGCAAUAUACAUACAAAUCUGAUGUCUACAGCUUUGGAGUCUUGCUUCUCGAGAUGCUCACGGGUCGGGCUCCACUGCGAUCUCCAGGGCAUGAUGAUUUAGCGGACCUGCCAAGAUGGGUGCAGUCUGUGGUCCGGGAAGAGUGGACUACUGAGGUCUUUGAUGCAGAGUUGAUGUUGAACCGAAAGGUGGAAGAAGAGAUGGUUCGGAUGCUUCAGAUUGCAAUGUCAUGUAUUGCAACUACUCCAGAUCAGAGGCCUACAAUGGAGGAGGUGAUGAGAAUGAUAGAGGGCAUUCGACGUUCGGACUCAGGACAGACCGUCCUUGGAGAAGAGCAAGCAUGAGCAGGUCUCAGUCCUGCAAGCAGGGACAGAAAGCAUGGCAUACGUUGGCUUUGAUGUAGUUAUUUUGCAAAGGAUUUUAUGUGUGUUAAUUAAAUUGACACUCUUACUGCAAAGAUGAUGUUUUCAAUGGACUUCCAUAUUUGU